UCCAGACCAAGUAACAACAGGGCUGGCCAGUUCCCCAAGCGGCAGCCACCAAAGCAGGGAGUGCUGAAAGAGAAGAGGAGGCAGGCUUGAUUGACCUGUCACUAGGACCUCAGAGGACGUUGGAAACAGCCCACUGCAGAGAUGAAGGGAGAAGCUAGAAGUAUGCUACAUGAUGACAAGUCAAAGCAGUUUUUGGCCAGGGCUGGGUUUGAACCUGCCACCUCUGGCAUAUGGGGCCAGCACUGUACUCCUUUGAGCCACAGGCACCGCCCAGUAUCAAGUUUUGAGCGGGGCAGCAAGUUUUGGUCCCCAGGAACUAAGUCAAUUUAUGAGGGACACAUCUGGGGCUCCAUGAGGAGGACCGUUUUAAUCCUGGGCUCUGGCCUUCUUUUGUUUGUGGCCUUUUGGAACUCAGUCACAUGGCAUCUUCAGAGAUUUUGGGGUGCUUCUGGCUACUUUUGGCAAGCCCAGUGGGAGAGACUGCUGUCUACAUAUGAAGGGAAGGAGUGGAUCCUCUUCAUUACAGGAGCCACCCUAGUGCCUAGUCUGUUCUUCUGGUGCUUCAAUGGACUUCUGCUGGUGGUUGACACAACUGGAAAACCGAACUUCAUUUCCCGCUACCGAAUUCAGGCUGGCAAGAAUGAACCUGUGGACCCUGUGAAGCUACGCCAGUCUACCCGCACAGUUCUUUUCAACCAGUUCAUGAUCUCUCUCCCCAUGAUAGUCUUCCUUUAUCCCUUCCUCAAGUGGUGGGGAGACCCCUGCCGCCGUGAGUUGCCUACCUUCCACUGGUUCCUCCUGGAGCUGGUGAUUUUCACCCUGACUGAGGAAGUCUUAUUCUACUAUUCACACCGACUCCUUCACCACCCUGCAUUCUAUAAGAAAAUCCACAAGAAACACCACGAGUGGACAGCUCCCAUUGGUGUGAUAUCUUUGUAUGCCCACCCUAUAGAGCAUGUGGCCUCCAACAUGCUGCCGACAAUUCUGGGUCCUUUAGUAAUGGGCUCUCAUUUAUCCUCUAUCACCACGUGGUUUUCCUUGGCUCUCAUCGCCACCACCAUCUCCCACUGUGGCUACCACCUACCCUUCCUGCCCUCACCUGAAUUCCACGACUACCACCAUCUCAAGUUCAACCAGUGCUACGGGGUGCUGGGGGUGCUGGACCACCUCCAUGGGACUGACACCGUGUUUAAGCAGACCAAGGCCUAUGAGAGGCACACCCUUCUGCUGGGUUUCACUCCACUGUCUGAGAGCAUCCCUGACUCACUGAAGAAGAUGGAGUAAGAGGGGCCUCGAGUCAUCCUGGCUGUCCCCUCAGCAGCAGCACACCAAGGUGGCCUAGGGCCUCCUAACUGCACCUAACAACUUGCCUCCUUUAGCCACACACUCUUUAAAGCUGUCACUAAGGCAGAAGGAAGGUUCGCUUCCUGAAAAAGCAGGGCCCAGGAUAAGGCCAGGGCUUCCCCCAAACCAGUAUCCUUGAUGAUCCUUAAUGGGAUCAGGAGUUGGCGUAAGAAAAACACACCUCUCCAAAAUUGAGGCCAAUCACAGGAGGAAACCCCACUGAGAGGGCUCCUGCAACUCCCCCAGUCCUUUGAGGUGGAAGGGGAGAGAAACUCCACCCCAGACAACACUGUGGCCUAGGCAGGGAGCAGAGAAUGUCAAAGGGAACUGAGGGACUGGUGGGUUCAGGGAGCACUCCUGGUGCUGGGGUAGGGGAACCAAAUAUCACUUUGCCCCUUCCUGUCUGUCCCAAAAUGUUCUUCUCAAGACAGAGCCGGGACACCCUGACAAACCAUCACAGGUCUCAGUUCUUGACGUGCCAGAUGGCAGCCCCCUUUUCCCUCCAGCACAUACACACUGAGUCAGUGAUAUUUCAACUCUGCCCCACCACAAAUGUCUUCCUUCUGAAGACAUGGGGACACAUAAAAUCACAGGAGCUCCUCCCUGGAUUAAAACUGAGACACCAAAGAGAUGCAGUACAAGUCCCACCACCUUCAGCCAUUUGUGGAAACCAAAGACCAAACCUUGAGGAACUACUACGCUGAGGGCCCUUUUACUCACAAGGGGGAAGAGUCAGAGUUGCUGCCCUUUGGAGAUGCCCAGCUGAGGCCCUUAAGUAGCCUAUUUGAAUCAGGACCAGAGGAUUAGAACCUUUCUCCCCCAUUAGCCUAGAAAGACAUGGCUGAGCAAAGGGCAAAACCCCCCGCCCCCCAAAAUGGCUAACCAGUUUUUCCAACACCAUUUAUUCAGGAUGAUUUUUACCAGAAACAUUAUCUAAAAACCACAGCUUGGUGUAGUGGCAUGUGCCUGUAAGUGCCAGCUACUCUGGAUGCUGAGACAAAAGGAUCACAUAAGCUUAGGAGAGUUUGAGACCAGCCAUAACAACCUGGCAAGACACCAUCUUAAAAACAACCAGAGAGCUGCUUGGGUUCAAAUGGUCCCUGUUCUGGCGUCCCUUCAGCACCCAGAUAUAGCCAGGAAGUCUGUUGCUCCCAAGAACAAUUUGAAGACCACUUUGAUUUGAAUCAGAAAGAUCCCUGCUGUCAUUCACUGAAUUUUUAUGCACUUUGUGUUUAUUUCCAACUUGCAGUUCUUAAGAAAACCACUUGCUAUGGCUUUUUAAAAAACUUUCUUUUUUUUUUAUUGAGACAGAGCCUCAA